AUGCACCACUUCACCCUUCUGGUUCGUUAUCCCCCUCCUUUAAUGUCUGCGAUCGACAAUGGAGAUGAUGGCCACCACUACUACUCCAUUUCUCACAUGGAUUACCAUAUCACUCAUCUCUCCUUUCCGCCACCGUCGCCGACCCACGUGCCGCCCGUCAACGAUACCCAUCUGAUCCUGCUCCUUCUUGGUUCAGUCCCAAAAGGGGGCGAAUUUGACUUAAACCAUUUUAAAGAUGGUAAAGCAGCAAAAAAGGAACGAAUCCUGAAAAGGGCUCAAGCUGAAUCUGAAGGAAAGACAGUUGAAGCCAAGAAGCCGAUGGUUGUCAAAUAUGGUCUUAAUCAUAUCACGUAUCUUAUCGAGCAGAACAAGGCUCAAUUGGUGAUCAUUGCUCAUGACGUAGACCCCAUUGAAUUGGUUGUCUGGCUUCCUGCUUUGUGCAGAAAGAUGGAAGGGUGCUACGUAUUCUCCCCUAUAGUGCAGUCCAACUAUUUGCUUAUGAGUCUUACAAGGGGGAAAGAUGGUGAGCUUUCUGUUAUUGGGAGAUUAGCUGCAGGUGCUUCUGCUGGAAUGACUUCCACUUUUGUGACAUAUCCAUUAGAUGUCCUUCGAUUACGAAUGGCAGUUGAUCCUGGAUAUCAAACAAUCACAAAUGUUGUUGUAAGGAUGCUAAAAGAGGAAGGAAUCGGAUCUUUCUACAGAGGACUUGUACCUUCUCUCAUUGGAAUAGCCCCUUAUGUUGCAGUCAAAUUUUGUGUGUUUGACUUGGUGAAAAAGUCUUUGCCAGAAAAGUUCAAAAACAAAACUGAAGCAUUACUAGUGACAGCUUUUGUAGCAGCCACUAUUGCCACUACAGUUUUGGAGGCUUUUCUAGGUAUUAUUGCUCAUGAUGGUGUUGCUGGAUUAUAUAGAGCAUUAGGCUCACAACCUUUGAUGCUUUGAAACGGUUGAUUUCAGCAAGUGAGAAAGAGUACCAAAGAAUCUUGGAGGAAAAUAGUAAUGAACAAAAGCAAGGUUCAUGUAGUUCCACAAGCUGAGUUAUUUAUUUAAUUUGUUGUAAAUCUUUUGGCCAUUAUAAUAUUUAUUGUGAAGGGAAAAUCUUGUUUGGGAACUGUAAGUAUUUUUACUUAAAUACCCUUUGAUUGUUUUGCUUGAGUUAACAUGUUUAUUGUGGAUGUUAUGCCAGAUUGUUCAUCAGAAAACUGCAGCAGCUCUGUGCUUGACUACAGUCAAGAAUGAAGAUAAGAUGGAGUUCAGCAGAAUCUUGGAAGUAGAAUGUCCUAAUAAGAAUUAAUUUUAAAAGUAUAAAUUAUAUUCUUUGAAAAAUUUGCUAGAUUGGGUUGAUGAAAACGAAUAGCUCUGGAGUUAGAAGAGGAAAAGAAAGCUCAAGCUGAAAGAGAUAAGAUGCUGCAAAUGCAAAUGUUGCAUUCUUCAUUUCAAUUGUUAGUAUGAAACACAGAGUAGAUUAGAUGAAUGCAAAUUUAUAUAUUGUAAGAAAUAGAAUUGUAUGACAUUAAAUUUUAUGCAAUGGAUUGUAUUUUUUGUAUAUG